AGAAGAAGAAAGGGGGUGGGGUGGGGGAGGCGAGAAAGAGCUCAUAAAAGCACCAGGUUGGGACGGAGUCACAUUUCCAGGGCCGGAUGUGGAGGGAGGGCCCUCCAGCAAGAUCGGCGCGGCGUCGCUUUCUCCCCUUCGGCUCCAGGAGAAGAAGUGGGGCGCCUCCGAGAAGCUGGUGAAGCCCCGCCGGAGAAAAGGAUCUGGCCGCGGCUACGAGUUCAAGGCUCCCCACCGGCCCGACUAGGAAGGGCUGUGAGAAUUAUUGGGAGCGUGUGAAAAAGAAAAAGAAAAAAAAAGAGAGGGGAAGUCUUCAAAACUUAGUCUCUCUCUUUUUAAAUCUUCCUCUUCUCGGCCCUCCUUUUAUUACCUCCUCCUUCCCGAAGAGAAGGCUCCAGCCAAGUCUCUCGAUGAAGGAUUACCGGCCUCCUAAGGAAAAGAAAAUGAACAUUUAUCACCCGCCCCCGGGAGCCAAAGCGUACGAUUCGGGCCUGAAGUACAGCAGCAAGACGGAGGACAUGAACGGCUUUGAGGAAGGGGUGGAGUUCCUUCCCACUAUGAAUGCCAAGAAGCUGGAGAAGCGUGGCCCAAAGCGUUGGGUGUUGGUGGCUGCCAUCGUAUUGAUUUGCCUCUUCCUUUCCCUGUUGACUGGGUUUUUGGUUUGGCACUUUAAAUACAGGAACAGCCAUGUUGAUAAGCACUACAAUGGUCACCUGAGACUCCCAACCCUUCGAUUUAUGGAUGCUUACGAGAAUUCCAAUACCACUGAAUUUGUCGGUCUGGCCAAUAAAGUGAAACAGGCGCUCAUAAAUAUCUACAAUAAAAAUCCAGAUGUUGGCCCUUUCCACAAAAGGACUGGGAUUUCUGCAUUCAGUGAGGGCAGCGUCAUUGCUUACUAUUGGUCACAGUUCAGUGUCCCGAAAUACAAGGCGGACGCUCUGGACGAGGCGAUGGCAAACAUCAAGGCUUUGAAUCAAACUGGGCUGCUUAAAGAACGAAAUCUAGAUAUCCGAGUUGAGUCGCUCGUUGCUUUCCCUUCUGAUCCAGAUAUAAUGAAAACUUCGUGGGAUAACAGUUGUCGCUAUGCCUUGCAUGCUAAAGAAGGCGUGAUCACAAGCUUCAGUACUCCAGGCUUCCCCAACAGUCCUUAUCCUUCCAACGCACGUUGUCUUUGGGUACUGAGAGGUGAUGCGGACUCGGUCCUGAGCCUGACCUUCACCACCUUCGAUGUGGAACAGUGCCAUACGGGGGAUGACUUCGUCAAGGUGUACGACUCGCUGAGCCCCGUGGAACCUCAUGCCUUAGUGAAGCUCUGUGGCAGUUUCAACCCUUCAUACAACCUGACAUUCGUCUCCUCACAAAACAUUCUGCUGGUCAUGCUGAUCACAGAUGCCAAGGGACGCUAUCCGGGGUUCAAGGCUGAGUUUUUUCAGAUGCCGAAGCAGAUGACAUCUUGUGGUGGAGUCUUGAUGGGGACCUCUGGGAACUUCAGCACCCCUUACUACCCAGGCCACUAUCCUGCCGGGGUGGAUUGUGUGUGGAAUAUAAUGGUCCCCCAAAAUAAGAAUGUGAAGGUGCGGUUCCGAGAAUUCUUCCUUCUGGAGCCUGGAGUUCCACUGGAUUCCUGCACCAAGGAUUAUGUAGAAAUCAACAAAGAGAAGUACUGUGGCCUGCGCCAGAGCUUCGUGGUAUCAAGCAAAACCAACCAAAUUACUGUCCGUUUCCACUCAGACCUCUCCUUCGUAGACACUGGCUUUUGGGCUGAAUUCCUGUCUUACGACUCCAGUGACCCUUGCCCAGGCAAAUUCACCUGCCAGACUGGCCGUUGUAUUGACAAGGCGAGGCGUUGUGAUGGGUGGCUUGACUGCACAGAUGCCAGCGACGAGAAAAACUGCAACUGUACCGAGAAGCAGUUUCGGUGCCGGAAUGGCUGGUGCAAACCCAAAUAUUGGCUUUGUGAUGGAGUGAACGACUGCGGGGACAACAGCGAUGAACAGCAGUGCCAAUGUCCCGCGGACAACUUCAAAUGCAGCAACGGGAAGUGCAUCCCAGACGCCCAGAAAUGCAAUGGGAAGGACGACUGUGGUGAUGGGAGUGAUGAGGGCGACUGCGGCUCUGCGGUCACAGUCGCCUGCCAAGAAUACACCUACAAAUGCCGCAACCAGCAGUGUGUGAACAAGCGGAACCCGGAAUGCGACGACGAACAAGACUGUAGCGAUAACUCGGACGAGGACAACUGUAACUGUGGGAAACGCGCUUACAAUAAGAAGUCUCGAAUCGUUGGUGGGCAGGACUCUGAUGUCGGGGAAUGGCCCUGGCAGGUCAGCUUACAUGCCAAGGGUGAGGGUCAUAUCUGCGGGGCUUCUUUGAUCUCGGACAAGUGGCUGGUGUCGGCGGCUCACUGUUUUCGGCAAGAACAGUUCGUCAGGUAUAGCGAUCCCACGCUGUGGACGGCCUAUAUGGGGCUCCAUGACCAACGGGACAGGACUAACGCCAAAGUUCAGUCAAGGAGCAUCAAGAAAAUCAUCCAGAACCCCUACUUCAACGAGUAUACCUUUGACUAUGACAUUGCUGUGCUUGAGCUAUCAAGCCCGGUCACCUUCACCGCGGAGAUUGAGCCCGUUUGUCUGCCAGAUGUGACCCAUGAAUUUCCCGCUGGCAAAGCCAUGUGGGUCACCGGAUGGGGAGCCACUCAAGAAGAUGGUAUUGGCGCCAUGAUUUUACAGAAGGCAGAAAUCCGGAUGAUCAACCAGACCAUGUGCAAUACAUUGCUGCCCAAUCAGUUGACGAGACAGAUGAUAUGUGUUGGGAUCUUGACAGGUGGAGUCGACGCCUGCCAGGGAGAUUCUGGAGGACCCCUGAUCAGCAUCGAGGCCAACAACAGGUUUUUCCUGGCUGGCGUCGUCAGCUUUGGGGACGGCUGUGCCCGACGGAACAAGCCUGGAGUUUACACCAAGGUUUCCAAACUGCGGAACUGGAUCAAAGAAACCACGGGCGUGUAAAUUACGCCGUAGCAAUUGCUUGCUGUUCCUCUCUUUUUUUAACUUCAAAAAAAUCCUCUGGGUCUCUCAAACUGGCAACUGAAGUCAUUCCCACGUGAUGUGAAGGGGACUUGGCAGAUUUUGCUGGUCCCUUUCUCUGUUUCUACUGUUUCCGAAGCACCAAUGAUAUGUCUGGAUUAAUCACGGAUGGCUUGACACCCUCCUCUUCAUUGCUAGCCAUUCCCUCCUCAAUCUCUUUGGAGGCACUAAUUUCCCCCCCCUUUAACAUGAACCCCUUUUCUGAUGGGUUUCAGACCACAGAAGGGGAUGGGGCUCCAUAACACAGUCUACUCCCGCGCUGGCUGCUCGAAGCAGAGGACUCUUGGGAAAACACUCCGCAUUUGAGAAAGGACUGCAGAAUCCCUGAGUCUCUGUGCAGGUGGCCGGUGCAGCUUGGUGUCUGGAAAGCGCAUUUCCCCCUAACCCAUCCAUUUCAGCAAGAUGUUGCAUGAAUGAUCCCACACCUGUCCAACUAUCUUGUUCUGGUUUUGGCCUCUUCAUGUCCAAGAGGCUCCAUCUGGUGAAUAAUGGCAGGAGAUCUCAGGUUCCAUUUAAACACAUUUCGCUGGAGAGACAUGCUGUCUCUAAUCCUUCGGCUUUUCCUGUCCUCCACGUGCUCAAGGACUGAAUAUUACGCAGACGUGGGCUACCCAGAAUCUUUUGUUUUAGGCCACCAAAGACCGAUGGCAGUCACCAAUCUUGCAUAUGUUGGUUUGAUUGUUGGGUUCGAACUGUUGAUUUUACUGUAUCUCGCUUGUGUUUUCACAUUACCCAAGAAGAAUUGUGGGUGAUCUUACUGAAGCUUGGUUCUUGUUCCUUCUGCCUUGCCUGUCCCAGUUUGCAAACCCUGAUUGGAGCUUAUUCAGCGUUUGUUAAAGUCUUUUAAAGGGAGUUUUAAUGUCUGCUCACACGCAUUUGCUUCUCUAUAAUGAUAUAUGGAGCUCUUUAGCUUCCUCAUUUCUUUAAUUUCACAGCUUGGAAAAGUUACUUUUUUGGAUUACAGCUCCAAGAAUUCCCCAGCUUGGCUAGGGGACUGGGCAUCCCCGAAGUAACUUUUCCAAACUUUGUUCGAUUCUUGUGAAAUUUCCUAAGUCACAAGGUCACUCAUAGGGCUGAGUGUAGACCCCUCUUUCUCUCUGGAUUAGUUUAAAAUAUGUGUGGUUUUGUGUGUGCGUGUGUGUGUUAAAACCACUUUUCAAAGCAUUCUGUGUGCCCAUUGUUAUCCAUGCAGGCCACAAAGCAGACUCUCCUACCUUUUCUGUUGCCUUUAGGUGCCUUUCUAGCAAGUGGGACUACAAGUUCCAUGUUCCUCAGACAGUCUGACGCUGGGUGGGGAGUACUUCUCCAAAGCUGCAAAGAUGUUGAAAUCUAGAACUCCAAGGCGAAACUUGCAGUUCUGUCCCUUCCGGCAAAAGACAUGUUUCGAUAUUUGGGCCCCAUGGGCCCCAACCUGGCUGAAGGAUGGCUCUCUACUGGUUCAGUUUGUUGUGGAAGCCCCUGCACAUCUGGGCCGUUGUUGGGCUGUUUCCCGAGAGCUCAGAGGCCAAAGGUUGGUGGCAGCGGGCAUGAAGACAGAGGGAGGGUCUGGAUCUCCUUAUUUUGAAAUUCUGGCUGGCUUAAUUCCCCCCAUUCCGAAGCCAAGGCCUUGUAUUGUUCAUCCAGCUCUGGGGGUAGGGUUAGGGACAGCCCUGUGGUCCUCCAGAUGUUUCAGAUUUGGACUCCCAGAAUCCAACAUGGCUACCAAUAAGGAACUCCAGAACCUGGAAGUGAGAACAUCUGGAAGACCGGCUCUCCCACCCCAGUUUUUGCAGAUUUUAAAAUCUGGUAGAUUGCCUUGAGUAACAAGGAUUCUGAAAACCAAGGCAUCAGUUUUGACAGCUUGACCAGACCUUCUCUGUUUACAUCUGGGCCUGCAGGUAAAAGUGCCGCUUCUGGUUAGCUUCCAGGUUUUAAACUCGCUCUACUUGGGUGUCUCUUGAGAAGGGCCUUCUGGACUUUGCACAGGGUUCUUGACUUAGGGGACCUACUGGAGUAAUGAAGUGAACUUUUGCGGUUAUGUGUGGAAAGCUUAGGCUGGGGAGUGAGGAACUGGCCACACUCCAGAUGUUGUGAAAGUAUCCUCCAUCAACCUCUGCCUCCUGGCUGUGUUGCCUAGGGGUGAUGGGAGAGGGGGUUGGUGGACAUCACAAAAUGGGGCUCCAUUGAUCUCCCAAGAUCUGAGAUCCUGAGUACCCUUUGAAUUGAUCCCUCUCCAUUUUUUCCACUCUUUUAUUAAAAUGGAGAAGAUAUACCAAUAGCAAUACUGUUUGUAUCUGUGUGUGUGUGUGAGAGAGAGGGAGAAAGCAUGGGAGGGGGUGUGCAUAUGUAUGUAUAAUUUUUCUUCUGUCCCAUUGUGGGUCAGGUUGGCAUCACCACGAUGUGCCUUAAAUGUAUAGCUUUGUUUAAUAUAUGGAACUCGGUCAAGUUUCCUUCUGUGGUGAGCGAUUUGAUCGUUAGAAGCGCUGUAAUAUAAGACCGCUUUCUUCAACCUGAGGUCCUGCUUUCCUGAUAGGUUUGACUAUAACUCCCAUUAUCCUGAAAGCAUGCCAAUGGCCAUGCUGGGUAGAGAAUCAUGGGCAUUGUAGUGUAAUGUGUGGUGUGUCAGGGAAGACUGCUUUCAGAGGUGCUUCUGAUGUGUGGAGUCGUACUUAAGUGGGACAUAUUUUCUGUUUGCCGGGUUUAUUGAAGAGUGGAAGUAUAUCAUUCAACGUGGUGAAUACCCCAGUUUUGUAGCAAUAAUAUGGAAGAAAGAAUGUUGGUGAGCAUAUCUUGAUAAUAAGUGCUUUAAAUUACAGGUUGGUACAAAAGGGAAAGCAGGACAAAUAGAUAGAAGUAGUUCUCUGGGCCACCUUAGCAGAUUUUCUGUUGUGUCUUGUGGUUGCAAACUUAUUUUCUUUGUACAAUGGCUCCUUCUCCACCAGAGUUUGGUAUAAACAGUUCUACUUUGUAAUGUGGUAUUUUCCAUAGUGUUGGCCUGGAUCACAGGUGUGAAAAAACAGAGCAGAACUCAAAAAGGGUAGCCAAAACUGUGUGUGUUUGUGUGAGCUCUUAUUGGUGUGUUAAAGGUGUAUUUAAUAGUUCUAAAAAUGCUCCAGUGUGCCCCAUGCUUACAAAAACGAAGCCACAAGAAGACAAAGGAUUCCCCCCCUUGUAAUUUAUCUGUUUUAUUACUUUUUUAAAAAAUAAAUGAAAAUGUUGGAAAAUUAUUUCAGAUGGAUUGACUCAAUCCAACUUUUUAACUGUGUUUGUAAAUAUUGUAUCUUUUAAAAGAAAUGCUGUAAAUAUAUCUAAAUGAGUGGAAACCAUAUCUGUGUCAAUUCCCACCCACUUUUGCUUUUAAAAUGCUGAAAGAAAUUUGAGAUGCCUGGUGAUUUUCAUACCUGUAUUAAACCCGCUUGUUUUGUACUGAA